AUGGCGAGCAGUCUUAUCAGACGCAUCAAGGAAGGCAUUCCAGCGCCUCACUUGAAAGCAAAGGGAGCUGAUGAUGUGGAUCCUGCUGAUAUGUGGCUGGACAAUGACGAUAUCAGACCAUUGAAGCUUCAGGAUAGAACUUGGAAUCUUUGGACCUAUCUGACAUUCUGGUUCUCCGCUGUCGCAACCGUUUCCAACUGGUAUGCGGCAUCAAGUGCGCAAGCUUUGGGUCUCAGUAUGUGGGAGUCUGUCGGUGUUACGUUCGGUGGUCAAUUCCUGAUCGCCAUCGUCAUUGUGCUCAACGGCAGAGCUGGCGCCAAAUACCACAUCGGUUUCCCAGUCCUCAACAGAGCUUCUUUCGGUGUUUUCGGUGCCUGGUGGCCUACAUUCAACCGCGCCGUCAUGGCAUGUGUCUGGAACGGAGUCAAUGCAGUUCAAGGAGGACAGUGUAUCUAUGUCAUGCUUCAUGCUCUUACACCAAAAAUAGCAACCAUCAAAAAUGUUAUGGGCAAGGGAUCAGCUCUCGACUCUGGUGGCAUGAUUGGAUUUGUAAUUUUCUGGCUGAUCACUUGUUGCUUCUUGGUUAUUCCGGUGCCAAAGAUGAGAGGUCUGGUUUAUACCAAACUCAUCGUAUUCAUCAUCUCAGCCGUCGUCAUGCUUGCAUGGACAGUCUCAAAAGCAGGCGGUAUUGGCGAUGUAGCAAAACAACCCGGCACAGCUUCAGGAUCAUCGCGAACUUGGCUCCUCAUCAGGUUCUUUAUGCUAGGAGCAGCAAACUGCGCAACAUUUGCAUCAAAUGCAGCAGAUUUUCAGCGCUACGCAACCAAACCUAAUGAUGUGAUCCUCGGCAAUCUUCUCGGCUUUCCCCUCUCCAAUCUGAUCGUCUCAAUCGUUGGUAACCUCGUGGGCGCAAGCAGUCAGCUCGUCUUCGGCGAAGUGAUCUGGAAUCCAAUCAACUACCUCGACAAGCUCCAAACCACCGAAUACACCUCCGCAAACCGCGCUGGCUGUUUCUUCAUCGCAGCCUGCUUCGCCUACUCCGCGAUUUUCUCAUCCAUCUUCGAGAACUCCCUUCCAGCCGGGAACGACAUCGCAGCACUCUUCCCAAAAUACCUUUCCGUCCGCAAAGGGUUCUUCAUCUGUGCUGUCGUCUCCUUCGCCAUCAAUCCCUGGUACUUGCUCGGCUCAGCCAGUAUUUUCAUCUCUUUCAUGGCAUCGUACCAGAUUUUCCUGUCAGCCAUUGCUGGAGUGUUGCUUUGUCACUACUACAUCACCACACGCGGCUACCUAGAGAUCGAGGACCUGUACACUUCUCGCAGAACAGGCGUAUAUUACUACACUGGCGGCUGGAACUGGCGCGCGUAUGUCGCCUACAUCGUGGGCAUCAUCCCAAACUUCUAUGGCUUCUUGAACAACAUGGGUGUAUCCGCCCCAGCUGGAGUCACUAAAGCGUACUAUUUCGCUUAUCCGAUUGGACUGUUCGUCAGCUUCUUUACUUAUUGGGCGUGUUGUGCUUGGAAACCUCCGGCGGUGACGGUCCCAUUAAGCGAGUGGCGGGAGCCCAAGGACUAUGUGAGGCCGAGUGAGAGGGGUGAGGUCUUAGAGGCUGAGGGAGAUGUUGAAAGUUUUGGGGGUGGGAGUGGGGAGGUGAAGGAGGUUGGUGAAGAUGGGGUUAAUGUCGCAGCUGUGAAGAAUAUCGGGUCGUGA